UCCGUUCUUAUGUUCGUGUGUGUGCUCAUACGAAUUAAGAACCGCCUUCUACUGUGUUGCAGUUUUCAAGUACGAGGGCCAUGUGAUGCGAUUCGCCCAGAUCGAAAAGUAGUUCAAAGAUCAUUUCGCCGUCGGAGGAAGCUGCUGGUGGCGGGCCUUCCGAUCCCCGAGCUUAUCGCCGGCGGUGGAUUUGUCAUUUUCAUCUUUUGCAAUACCAAUCUGAGUUUCAGAGGGUAGAGUAUUACCGGAUUUGAUACCCAGGGAAUACUUGAUACGACAGCUACCGCUGAGAAAAGAGCUGAUUAGGAUUUGAUCGGCCGUCAAUGGUGGCCAUCUUAACCGGUUUCAUCGACGUACCUUUGCUUCUAUAUUACGUUUCGAGUUCAAUUAUUUAUCUCCAACCCUAAUUUCACUACUCUACCGCAUCUGAGCAUUAUUCUCGUGGUCGUUCCACUUGCCGUUUGCAAUCCCCGUUCUCUAGCUCUGUUCUUCCGUACUGAAAUGGCAGAUCCUCAGUCCCAGACCGAUUUCUCAUUCUUUCAGACAUUUCUAUGCAGUGCCUUUGCCGCUUGCGUUGCGGAGCUAUGUACCAUUCCUUUGGACGUUGCGAAAGUACGGCUUCAGCUGCAGAAGAAAGCAGCUGCCACAGAUGGGAUGGGUCAAUCUAGAUAUAGGGGAUUAAUGGGAACUAUCGCCACCAUUGCUAAGGAAGAAGGUUUACCAGCUCUUUGGAAAGGAGUUAUUGCAGGAUUACAUCGCCAGUGUAUUUAUGGCGGCCUAAGGAUCGGGCUAUAUGAUCCUGUUAAACUAUAUUUAGUAGGCAACAAUUUUGUUGGAGAUAUACCUCUACAUCAGAAGAUCUUAGCUGCUUUGUUUACUGGUGCCGUAGCAAUUUCUGUGGCAAAUCCAACUGAUCUUGUCAAGGUUCGCCUUCAAGCUGAAGGAAAAUUGCCAGCUGGGGUGCCUAGACGUUACUCAGGCACUCUAGAUGCAUAUUUUACUAUCAUAAGACAGGAAGGAUUGAUGGCCUUGUGGACGGGAAUUGGUCCAAACAUAGCAAGGAAUGCUAUUAUUAAUGCCGCAGAACUAGCAAGUUAUGACCAAGUGAAGCAGAUGAUUCUAAAAAUUCCAGGAUUCCUGGACAGUAUUUUUACUCACCUCCUAGCUGGUCUAGGUGCAGGUUUCUUUGCGGUUUGCAUCGGUUCCCCUGUUGAUGUGGUCAAAUCAAGAAUGAUGGGAGAUUCCACCUACAAAAAUACCAUUGAUUGCUUCGUUAAAACCUUACAGAAUGAGGGGCCUUUUGCCUUCUAUAAAGGAUUUCUUCCAAAUUUUGGUCGACUUGGAUCUUGGAAUGCGGUCAUGUUUCUGACUCUUGAGCAAGCAAAGAAGCUUUUCGGCCUAUGAAUCUUUUGCCCGAAAUCUGACCAAGGAUCGACUGUUUUCUCCUUCUAUGAUGGCCCCCCACGUUUUUCUCAGAUUCAAUUUUAUAUAUAAUAUUAUUUUUAUUGGUAAUCAUUGAAGAAGAGAGUUUUAGCCAAACUCCUGUAUCCUUAGAAUUAUCUUGACAUCUAUAGGAUCCAUUUAGCAAAUGGACCAUCUUCUCUCACACACCCAAUCAGGUUUUAGUUAGUUGUGGGGUGUUUAAUGUUUUUAGACCGUCGAUUCAAGCAAUAAAGUAUACAUUACUAUCU